AUGGAUGACAGCUCUUCUGAAGAAGAGGAAGUGGUUGAAUCAACCGAAACUAAAGAGCAUUUGAAAGAAACUGAUGCAAACAAAAGUUCUGGCGAUGAAGAAGAACCGCCUCUAAAUUCGGAUGAUGAUGGAGAAGAUGAAAAUGCUGAAACAAUUUUUGAGACGGACAAUAUUGUCCUUUGUCAAUUUGAUAAGGUAAAAAAUUUUUUUUGUUGUUCCGGUUUUCAAGAAUCCAAAGUUUUGGAUUUCCGGUUAUUCCAAUCUGUUGGGGAUCCGUUUUUGGACAUUUCCAAAUUUGGACGUUUUCACUUGUCCGGUUUCUUUCAUUCCCAGGAUUUUAACGAUUUUUCUUAAAAGAGUCUCGAAAUUAGGACACCAAGGAUGGGACGUAUUACCCGAAACC